AUGGCCGCCAAGGACCCUUUGUAUCUUGAGACCACUACUCUCCUUAAUCAAGAGAUCCAGCAAAAGGAGCUUCGCUUCAAACUCUACUUGUUCCAGCACACUCAAGGCGAGCGAAACAGGAACGAGCGUGCUGUAUUGUCUAUGCAUGCCCCCCAUGAGUUUGGCUCCAUUGUCGUUCAUGACUGGACCAUACGGGAUGGUCCUAACCUCCAAGAUAAAAUUGUUGCGAACGCCCAAGGUUGGAACGUCUUCAAAGAGCCCCUUAAUCUUAGCAUGCUAAUAACUUGCACAUAUACAAGUGUCCUUGUAACCAAGAUUGGACCAUGGGGUGGGAAUGGAGGAAAAGAAUUUGACAUCCCAGAGUCGGUACCUCAACGGCUAGAAAGUGUGACAAUUAGAAGUGGUGUUGCCAUUGACUCAAUUGCGUUCUCCUACAUUAAUCAAGCUGGAAAGAAGCAAACUCUUGGUCCAUGGGGUGGCGAUGGUGAACUUACUGACACGAUCACUUUUGCCCCUUUAGAGAUUGUGAAGGAAGUUUCAGGAACAAGCGGUACUUUCGGUGGAGAUACUGUUGUGACAUCGCUUACUUUUGUCACAAAUGUGAGGACAUAUGGACCUUUUGGAAAACCAAAUGGUACUGCUUUCAGUGCCCCUCUUACGGACACUAACGUCGUGGGCUUCUUCGUGCAUGCUGGAAGACUUGUUAAUGCGGUUGGAGUUUAUGCGCGCCCUUCUGUUCAAAAUUAUUAGUGCAUACAGUACGUUGCUCAAGAAUAACUAGAG